UUUAACCAAAAAAUAAACAAACGAAAUUACAAAUAAAUAUUGCAAAUUGUUUUAAAAAUUUGUUAGCUAAAUAAAACAAAUAAUUGUUAAAUAAAUGCCAUCAUUUUGUGCUGUAGCUACAUGUAAUGAUAGAUAUGGCCAUUCCGAAAAUAUAUCCUUUCACAAGUUUCCUUUAAAACGUUUGCAUUUAUUGAAACAGUGGGAAGAAUUUAUACAAAAGCAACGUGGCGAGGACUGGCACGCCUCACGUUGGAGCUCCCUGUGCAGUCGUCAUUUUCGUGAUGAAGAUUUUCGUUCAUUAAAUGAACGCCGGACAUUAAAGAAAACUGCUGUUCCAUGUCUAUUUGGUGAACGAGGCCAUGGAGUUAGUGAAACAGAAAAAUCUAAAUGCAAAAAGCCGGCAAAAAUCAUUGAAACCUGUGAAAACACUAGGGAAAAGGAAUUUAAAGAGAUAUUGGCCAUUAAAGAAAGGCUAGAAGAUGCGGUAGUGGAAUCGUCUGCAGUGACUUUAAAUGUACCAAAAUCUAACUGUCGUUUAUGUGGUGUAGCCUCUAUACCAGAGGCUGAUUUUCUACAAAAUAUUGAAUUGUAUGGUUUAUUACAAAAAUGUUUUCCUACUUUAAACUUCCAACAGGAAGAUACUUUACCCAAGGUAAUGUGUGCUCCCUGUCACAAGAGCCUGGAGGACUUUGGUAAUUUUGUUGAUCGUGUUUGGACGGCUCAAACGGAAUUGCAAAGAAAAUUUCGCACCAGAGCAGUAGAAAAGCCGGUUAAAAUCAAGCAAGAACCUUUAGUACGCGUCAAACAGGAGGUGGCAGAGUCUGGCUAUGAAGAACGCCAGGAUACUAAUGGUUUUGGAGGUGCCAAUGAAGAUUAUGAUGGAGCUUUGGAGGGAGGCGUUCAUGAAGAAGAAGAUGAUCAAAAAUUUGAAUUUUGUGAUUUUCCCAUCAUUAAUGAUUGUGAUAUUAUGGAAAUUAUAAAUUUAGAUGAUCCAUUUAUAAAUAUACCUGAUGAUGACAACACUACCACCGUACAUGAAGAGGAGGAGAUACUGCAGAAACCCAUACAUGAACCAGUGAUGAAUUACAUGCCUACAGCUCACGAACUGCUGCAAUCCCACUUGCUAAUGGAGGAACACAAUUAUGCCUACAUUGAUGCAGAUGCAGAAUUCAAAGAAGAAAGACAAAUUUAUAAAACAGAAAAAUCCGAUAAUGACGAACGUUUACUGGAAUAUGUUGCUGCAAAUGGUCAAGAGCUACAACAAUUGCCACUGCCCCUGCCAGCUACUUACAGUACAGAUUUUAAUUUAAAUCAACAGCAUCAGCCUUUUGAAAAUAACCAUCUGGACAAUGGUGCUGGAUUUGAAAAGCGCGCUUUAAAACCUAUAGUUACAUCGGUGAGUGCCAUACAACAACCCACCAAAUCAUCCUCCAAUGGCAUAGUUGUACUCAAUGAAAGCAUUGUCAAGUCAGGUUGCGGUUUUCAGCUACAUGCUUGCAUUUUGUGUCAACUAAAGUUUUUCUCCGUGGAGAGUCUUAAACAGCACUAUACACAGAAUCAUAGUGCUCCCAUGGUAACGGUGCCUGGAGAAAAUAUACCUUUACAAAAGGCUGUCCAAAAUACCUGUAAAAUGGAAAAAGAAUUCCCUGAAGGAAAUACCGAAAAUGACCAAAAAUUAAUUGCAACUAAAACUAAUGAAACUGAUUUCAAUAAAGAUUUUAAUAGUGAAGUCCUAGAAAAAGAAAAUAAUUUUCAGGACCCCAAAAAGGAAACACCCGACAACUUUGUGGAAAAACAAGACAUGGAAAUUUUCCAAAAUACCAGUACUAUUUGCCAAGAACCAUCUACAAAUAAUAGCAUUGAGCCAAGCUCUAAAAUUAACACAAAUGAGCCAAAACAAACGGUUUUAAACUUGAAAAAUAAAAAGCAGAAACUAAAAAUCCCUUUAAAAUCACGAAAAUCUCAAAAUCUUUCCCUCAAUACCAUGGCAAAUCAGUACCAGCAAUUAAGGAAAUUGUAUCAAAAGCUGCAAAAGAAAUGUACAAAUCUGGAACAAAAUGUCGAACAAUUGCAGUUGAUGCCAGUCACAACCACACCAAGCAAGAAAACAAGUAGAAAAUCAAAGUCAGUAAACAAUCCAAAAACUAGCAAAACUAAAAUUAUUACUAAAUUAAAAUCUAUGGAAACUAUGGAAGAUAAAAUAGUCAUUAAAAAGGUCGCUUUCACUUGUGUCGAGUGUUCGAAAACGUUUUCGAAUGCCAACAGUUUAAGACAACACAAAAUUACCCACACCGAAGAAAGGAAACAUCAUUGCAGCUUGUGCCAACGCACUUUUAAGCGACGCAAUGGUUUGCUGCAGCAUUUAAAAGGUUUCCAUUUGCAGGUGAAGCCAUUCUGCUGUCCCGUUUGUAAGCACAGCUAUGCUUUAAAGUGUGAUAUGUUGCGCUGUAAACAUUCGACAUUACGAAAUUUACAAGCGAAUACCGAAAAGUCAAAUAAUGUUAAUAAAGCUCGAUUAGUAUUAAAAAAUUUGGAAAAAUAAAAAUUUAUUUAUUGUAUAGUAAGUGUAGAU